UAUAAGACAGUGACAAGAAGUGCAUAUGCCACAGGAUUAUCUUCCCUUAGCCAUGGAUUUACAGAUGCUCAGAUUGCUUCUGUCUCUAUUAACAUUUUUUUCAACUGUCACAAAUAAGGUUGUCAAAACAGGGAGUCAUACACUGAAAUACAACAUCCAGCUAAAUCAUGGUGCUGAAAAUAUCCCAGGAUUCAUUAAUAUGUGGCUUCUAGAUGAAAUACCCCUUAUGUAUUAUGACAGCAAAACUGGAACCAUGGCUUCACGGCAGCAGUUUCUGACACAAAAUCUAGAUGACUAUCACUGGAAGCAGUUUGCCGAAAGAGCAAAUGGAUUUUUUGAUGAACACAAUGCUUUUUCUAAGAAGGUACUGUCUUCAGCUAACAUUACAGGUCCGCAUAUUUAUCAGGCUGCACUUGGCUGUGAAUUACAAGAUGAUGGAACUGCCAGUGGAUUUGUAUUUCAGGCUCUGGAUGGAAAAGAUUUCAUUAAUUUCAAUAAAGAAAAUGGGAGUUGGACUUCACCAACAGCAAAGAGUUUGUCUGCUGAAAGAGGCAGUGCAAAGUCAUGUUCGGUAUUUUUAGAUCACGUUUGUACAUAUGAUUUGAAGAAAUUCUUGCAAUAUGGGAAAGACACAAUACAAAGACACGUGAGUCCUGAAGUAACGGUGUUUGGAAGAAAGGUUCCUGAGAAUGGAUCCGUAAUUCUGUCUUGUCUUGUUACUGGAUUUCACCCUCAAGCUAUUACUGUGAAAUGGAUCACAAAUGGAACCAUGGCUAUCCAACAUCUUGGAUCUAGUGCCGUUUUACCAAAUGGAGAUGGAACAUUUCAAAUAAAAGAGUCCAUCUGGAUUGAGAAACAUGACAAUAGCAGCUACACAUGUCAUGUGAGUCACAGUAGUGUUCCAAAAGGUCUCUCAGUACCGUGGGAUGGAAAGAUACUAAACCCAGAAGGAAAGAGCACCACAAAACUCAUAGGCCUGAUGAUAGCUGCUAUUUGUCUGUUUGCAAUAAUAACUGGAAUAAUCCUAUGGAGCAGAUUUAAAGGUGAAAGAUACUCACCAUCUGAGCAAAGUACUAUCCUAAAGAGUUUGGGCACUGAGGGGAAAAAUCAUGAUUAACCCUAUUCAUCAACAGCAUUACUCCAGCCUUUUGCAGAAAAAUACAGCUGUUAAUAUGAGUGGACUUAUUUAGUGCUAGAUUAAUAUAUUAGAGUACAGCAACAAACUGAUUUGUGCUGCGAUCUAAACUAGAUUUUGAAUCAUUAACUGAAUAACAUUAUGGCACAACUGUCCUUGUCUUCUGUUUGCAAUAUUAUACUGCCAUUAUUUUCUUAUCCUAAUUAUGUUGUGAUAGUCAGCAAAUGCUUGUGUUAUCAACUGUGACUCUAUUGUAUGACGGCAUGGCAGAAACUGUUCCACAAAUCUUGCUAAGUGGACAUAAUUAUUUGCAUUCUUUUGGCUAAGUGCACCAGUGGCAUAAAGCUCAGGUAACCUGAUGUUGGCUAGUGGCUUGGGGGUUUGACUACAGCUACAGAGAUGAUGGGUAUGCAUAUCCUGGGGGGGGGGGUGGUCCUCACCUGGCUCAUACCACAACUCUGAUGACAUGGCGCUGCUACAGAUUAGAGCCUCAUAAUGCAGGGGGGGUCAACACUGGGAUGACAUGAGUGUGGCUGCCCAAGCCAGUGAUGGUAGCCCUUGUCAGUAGACAUGGGGGAACAUUCAUGCAUGGAAUGUGGCUGAUUAGGUAAUCUUUGCAGUAAUACGAGUGCUCACAUCACCACUGGGGAGAGGGUUAGGUUCAUAAAUGCAAAAUGCUGUCCUUGCUGGAAUGACAGCAAGAGCACAAAAAACACACCCCCCCCACCCAGCCUUCUCUGCAUCAUCCUUUUCUUAAGUUUCCUUGGAAUGUUAAUAAUACUAGAACAUUUAUUAUUGCCUGUACCUUACCAAGGCAUAUCUUUGUGCACAUGAUAUCCAAUUCCUCCUCCAAGCUUACUGUAACACCUGAGACCAUACAUAUCUGUCAGUGGUUUGCAAAAUAUUUCUGUUAACUGUUAUAGCACCUGGUGGGGCAGUGCAUGCAGUCCACACACUUUACCCAGAUAAAGUCAUUGGUUUCCUUCUCUGAUUCUUUACUAGUUAUUUCCCAGUCUGCCUACUUAUCCUCCUCCCAAACUACCUUUCCUUCAUACAUCUGCACUCUCCUACUUCGCCAUAAGUAAUGAGCUGGUAAAUUCUUUCAGUGUUUAUGCUUGAUAUGUAGCAGUACUAACCUCUCUCAUCCAAUAGCAUCAUGUCUAGUCAUGUCUUCCUGUGCCCCUUUAAUGUAUCCAGAUUAUUUCAUAUAACCCUUUCCCAUUCUUUGUGAAUCUGCUUUUCAAGGGUAAGCAAGACUGUACAGUUAGAAAAAACAAUGACUAAAAUCUGCUGUAAUACUGGUCUCUAAUUUCGCUGUGUCAUCUGAGUUUCUCAGAUUGGUAAAACAGCAACUGUAAUUUUUGCAGACUGAAUUAAAUCUCAGUAAGAAGGUAUUAAAUUUGCUGUUGUUUUCCUAGAAGAUGCCUCUGAUCAGUGGUGAUAUGUUUAUAAAAUUUCAUUCUGAACAUAAGAAAUAAUUUGUGAAAAAAGUUUAAUCAAGCAUCAGCCAAUAGUAAGAUCUCUCUUCAUAAUUCUGUAGCACUAUUUGAGGAGUUGUAUUUACUAGAAAUUAUAUUCGGAAUGUAAUAAUCAAUCUGUCUUCCUGUUUUUAUAUAGGCAUGCCUUCUGGCAUCUCUACAAUUGUAUAUAUAUUGUCAGAAGAACUAAAAAAAUAAAGAUUAGGUUCCAGAUGUAUAAGACAGCUAUUUUAAUCAGUGAUAUACAAAAUAAUAAAUUCAUACAUUUUGAAGAAGA